UUGCUAUCGCCUAGCUUUGUUUUUGUGUGUCAUUGUACAUUUUCUUUUCAUAAAUACGCGAAACGAAUCUAUACGAAUAUAAACUCCUGUAAAACAUUUAACUACCGCCAUGAGUGAAGUACAGACCCUGAUGGAUAUGGGUUUCCCCCGGGAUCGUGUGGAAUAUGCCUUGCAGGUGACCAGCAACAAGGUAGAACCAGCAAUGGAAUGGCUGCUAGCCCAUGUGGAUGACCCGCUGCCGACCCGUCAAAAUGCCGGGGAGUCCCCGAGUUCGGCGAUUCCCCCCACUGCCGCAGUGGAUUCCUCCGCCGGAGCAGCCUCCAGUAGCACAAGUGGUGCCGGUGAAACCUCUGCAGAUUCCCCGGUGGCGAAGUCCCUGAAAUGCGACGAUUGCGGCAAGGUUCUUAAGGACCACACUGAAGUGGAGUACCAUGCAGCCAAGACCGGACACAGCAACUUUUCCGAAUCGACGGAGGAGAAAAAGGCCCUCACCGAGGAUGAGAAGAAGGCGCAGCUUGCCCUCAUCGAAGAGAAGCUCAAGCAGAAGCGCAUCGAACGGGAGGAGCGCGAGAAAACCGAAGCUCUGCAGCGGGAGAAGAAUCGCAUAAAGUCCGGCAAGGACAUGACCGAGGCCAAGCGUCGCAUGGAGGAGCUCGAGAUGAAGAAGAUCGUGGAGCAGCGCAAGCGCGAAAAGGACGAGGAGAAGGCAGCCCGCGAUCGGGUGAGGGCUCAAAUCGAAGCGGACAAGGCGGCACGCAAGGCUAGGGAACAAAAGGAAUUGGGCAAUCCAGAGCCAGCUCCAUCAGUGAGUUCUACCACAGUGUCGUCACCACCUGCAGGUGUUAAGUCUCCGCCGCGCGACUAUACCGAAACCCGCAUCCAAGUGCGCCUACAGGACGGCUCCACACUCCAGGAGACCUUCAACGUAAAGGAGCAGUUGUCCGCUGUGCGUGUGUUCAUCCAGAUGAAGACCGGCAUCGAGUCGCCCUUUUCACUGAUGACCACUUUUCCGCGCAAACUGUUCGCCGAGGACGAUUACGAGAAGCCGCUGGAAGUGCUCGGCUUGGUUCCAUCCGCCGUCAUCACCAUGACCAAGACGGCCGCAUAAAUCUGACAUUUUCAACUGGGAAAUUGGUAAAUCUGGGAAUCUCUCCCGCAACGAAACAAAAUGUCUAGAAACUAUAAAAAGGAAAACGCGGCGCGAUAUUCCCAAAAAAAACAUUAAUGUACGGUUUUAUAUAAUAUAUUAAACAAGAAAAACUAAACCCUCUGACGGUUUAAACGAAAUUUUUUUUGUAAAGGAUCUUUCAAGGAUAUUCUUAAAAUACACCUACAAGCACAUUCAAAUAAACUGAUUUUGCUGAAAUGUCAAA